CCGACGAAAUACAGACACCAUUCAGUCGUGUUGAGGCAGUUGGCGACGUAGCAACUUUAGCUUUCUCUCGAUCCCUCACGGUCCUCAAGUCGGGUUGGCUGGACGAAACCGAAUCGAGCUUAGUUGUUGGUUGAGUGUUGUUCGUGCACACCAUAAGGUGAAGGACAGCUGUGCGAGCGAGCGGUCUGGUGGAGCCACUCUGAAAUAAGAAGGUCAGCAGAUUAGAGAAGAGAGAGCAAAAAUCCAGUAGUGCAUUCAAUAACAGCAGCAGCCGAGCGGGCCAUCAAAGUUCGACAAUAAUUAGUUGCAGUUCGAUCUCGUGUUACAUGUCACGCGUAACAUAUUCAGUUAUUAGUGUUUUUAUUUGUUUUAAAAUAAAUGCAUCUUUGAGCAAUCUUGAAACAUUCUAAAAUCGUUUAGUGUUGUUCUUGGGAAAUCUAUCCAGAGAGUUCUCUGCCCUGUGCUUGUGUAUUCUGGUGAAUUAUUCAUAGACUAUCAAAGUGGUGCAGCAGUGGAAAGCGGGGUGUUCAGCCAAGUGAGUCAACCAAAGCACGCGAAGGAAGUAUCAAAGGUGAUUGGACUUGACUGUGAGACGCUGAGUACAGGAAGUUAUUUCUUUGAAUUAGCCUGAUUAAAGAAACUGUGAUCAGUAGUGCCGGCAAGGGAAACACCUAGGCAAGUGCGUCAUAUAUUCGUGAAAAUUAUUGAGCGAAACACCGGAAGCUAUAAUCAGCUUGUUUUCUUGAAAUUCGCCUUUGAAUUGAAAACUUACUCAAAGAAGUGGAACGAGACGAGCCGAGCUCCCAAGGCGGGAAUCAAAUAGAGACAGACGAAGCAGGAGAAGAAGGUGAACAUCUGCCUCGGGAAAGACGACCGGGAAACGUAAACAUAUACAUACGGGCAAAAGUGCAGUAAUAGCAACAGCAGCAGCGCGGCAAACAGCAAAGCCAAUCGUAUACACACCGGAAAAGCGAGAAGAAAUAAGAGAACCACAAAACAGCGCACGGGCGUCAUACGGCAUCGGGGCCUAAAAUCUUGCUGCAGCAGUCGUGCGUUUACGACCUACUCCAAUAACAGUGCGCAGCGUGCUUAAGGGCACGUGUGUCGUCCUACAGAACAACCCAGUUUAAGAUUCCGGCCAAACAGCAGAAAACCACAAUGCAGGUAGAAAGUGCAGCAAAGUGGCGCGUACCGCCGCUGGAUCUAUCCGCCGUCAGUGUGCUUUCGAACGAAAGCGAUCGCCGGUGGAGUAAUAAUCACGGACUCCAUCAUGGCUCCGGCCAACCCCCGCUUCCACCACCGCCAAAGAAGAUCCAGUACGGUGCCGACGGUUUACCGAUUGAUCCCCGGGAUUGGACCCGCGCCAACGUGUGGACCUGGCUCAUUAACCUCGCCCAAUCCGAAGGGUUGGACAUCAGCCCCGAGCUGGCACAGAAGUUUCCCAUGAAUGGGAAAGCCCUCUGCCUCAUGAGCUUGGACAUGUACCUCAGCCGAGUUCCGGUGGGCGGAAAGAUGCUCUACCGGGAUUUCCGGGUGCGGCUUGCUCGAGCCAUGAGCUUAUAGAUCUGUGUUUCAGCUGCAUACUAUGCCCAACAAAUGGCAAUAAUAAAGAUGCCCAAAUCUCCUCAGUAAUGUUAUGAGUAUUUAGAAAUAAGUGUGUUAAAUCCAAGUGUUUCGACAAUGCAUUAUAUUUUUUCUAGACUAGUGGUUACCAAUUUAGCUGACUUCCAAAGUUCCACAAUGUGUUGCGAAAUGCAUCAGAAUGUUUAUCAAAUCUCAAAUAUAUAGCAAAACUACUAAUUUAGCCCAAAUACAUCAAACCAAUAUACUUAAAUUUAUCCUGUAAGAAAAAGCAUCAAUUUGAAUGAUGCUCAGUAUUUUUUUUUUCUACUAUCCUAUCGUAUAUCUUUUGAAGGUACAUUUUCGUGGGAAUUUGUUUGUGUAUAUACGGUUGCUAGGAAUAAGUAAUCUAGUCAAUAAAUCAUUUUCAAAAAUUGCCUUUGUUUAGAUACUGAAAGAAAACAACCAUUAACAUCUUUAUAUAUACAGAUAGGUAAUUUUGACUACAACAUCGCAAUGCUUGUUUCAUGCCGGUGACUCUCUAACCUCG